GAACUGCUAUGGCUACCGGUGGCGGCGUGACCUCCAGAGAGGGGCUGCGCUACGCCGAAUACCUGCCUCCUUCUGCCCAAAGGCCGGACGCCGACAUCGACCACACAGCGGUGAGUCUGCGGGCCGCCACUGUCCCGCACCACUAAAACCCAAGACCUCCCACUCCCACCGGCUCGCCGGGCGCCUCGCUUAAGCCCAGAGGCUGCCUGUGCCCGGCGGGGUAGACACGCUGUCUCCUCAAAGUGACACGGACCACAGAACUGGUCCGCACAUAUCCAGUGAAGAUACCUAUGGGUCUCCCUGGGCAGAGGGGACCCGGGGGGCCUCCUUGGGGAAAAGUAGUUAAGAACCUUUGCGUGAAGAUCCGUGAGAACAGUUAGGAGCCAGCGAAGGGAGGUGGGAGAAGCGCUUCUCUAGCAUCCCUAAAGUCUGGAGCACUCAACCUGUGUCCAGUCAGAAAAGUGCAUGCGAUUUACUCAGGCAAAUUCUUUCCUUCAACCCUCUGGGCCCUGGAGAUCGAACUAAGUCGGCCAGCACCUCCAGCGGCUGAGUCACCACUCUGGUUCACCUCUGUAGGGGGGUGUAUAGGAUUCAGGACAUACUUUAGGAGGUCUCUUGACUGGCUGGUCUCAGGAAUGCUAAAUUGUGUGUGAGUCUUCACCAGUCCUUUUUUAAUAACAGGAACUUUAAAAAAAACUUCCUUGUGAUAUCUUGACAUGAACUUAAGUUUUUAAAAAUUAGUAUAAUAGUCAAAUUGAAACAUAAAGGUGAAGUAAAUAUCUUCGUAGUGACAAGUAGCUGUUUGAAUUUGUGUGAAAUGCGUUCACGUUAUUGUGUUAGAGGUUGCAAUAAAGUGAUCAUGUUGCCCUUGUAUUGCAGCAGUUCUGUGUGUGGAGCUACAAAUGCAAACCGUCAGGAUUUUACUUUGUAAAAGGACUCGCUGCAUAUCCCAGGCUGGACUGGAGCUUAUGAUCCUCCGGCCUCAGCCUUCUUACUUCUGGCCUAUCAGAUAUUGGUAUCCUGUUGUUAUUUUUAAUUUUUUUUUCCCAAAAAGGUGAACACUCUGAGGUUUAGGUCUCUCAGGAAACACACCUGUGGGGUAUUUGCGAGGUGUUUUGCAAAGAGGGAGACCUACUCUGAUGUGGACAGCUUCAGCCCAUGAGAAGAAUCCUGAGCCAAAUAAAGAGGGAAGAAGGCUGCUGGCUGUAGGACUAGGUGUCGCAGCUGUUGCAUUUGCAGGUCGCUAUGCAUUUCAAAUCUGGAAACCUCUAGAACAAGUACUCACUGCAACAGCAAGGAAGAUUUCCUCUCCAAGCUUUUCAUCCUACUAUAAAGGAGGAUUCGAGCAGAAAAUGAGUAGGCGAGAAGCCAGUCUCAUUUUAGGAGUAAGCCCAUCUGCUGGCAAGGCCAAGAUUAGAACAGCACACAAGAGAAUUAUGAUUUUAAACCAUCCCGACAAAGGUGGAUCUCCUUACUUAGCAUCCAAAAUAAAUGAAGCAAAAGAUUUGCUCGAAGCAUCCAGCAAAGCUAACUGAUGCUGAAGGACUGUGCCAGGGGAAAUGAAACGCAAGACUUUAAAGGUCCUUCAGAAGAAUGUGGGACGUGGUCUUGUCUGACCAAGUCUGUUCUCUGUCACUAAGCGUGCAGCAAUAAAAGCCUUGCAGCCUU